CCGUCGGCGACGGUCGCGGUGCCGAGAGCCGCGAGCGAGCGAAGCGCAGCGGCUGGCGGGUCCCGGGCGCAGGCCGUGGGCCAUGUCCGAGAGCGGCGGUACCGGCGGGGCCGCCCCGGGCGGGGGAAGCGGCGGAUCGGGCGCCGGAGGGGGCACGGGCGGUGCGGCCUCUGGCUCGGGGCCCGGCGCCACGGAUCCGGCCUCACUGCCGCCCGGCGACGCGCAGCUCAUCGCCAUCAUCGUGGAGCAGCUCAAGAGCCGCGGCCUGUUCGACGGUUUCCGCCGGGACUGCUUGGCCGACGUGGACACCAAGCCAGCCUAUCAAAAUUUGAGGCAGAAAGUAGACAACUUUGUAUCAACCCAUCUGGACAAACAGGAAUGGAAUCCAGCAAUGAACAAAAACCAGUUACGAAAUGGGCUAAGGCAGAGCGUCAUUCAGUCAGGAAUGCUGGAAGCCGGAGUGGACAGAAUUAUUUCUCAGGUGGUGGAUCCAAAACUAAACCACAUCUUCAGGCCCCAGAUAGAGAGGGCAAUUCAUGAAUUUUUGGCUGCACAAAAGAAAGAGGAAAGUGUGCCAGCUCCUCCUCCUCCAGAGCCUGAGAAUAAGGAUCCUCCUGCUCCAUCUCAGGACGCCUCCUAAAGAGAGUUCCUGAUACUGAGCAGCUGCAGUUGCAAAAUAUGUGACCUGAUAGAUUGGCAGUGGAUUGCUUGUUCCAUUUGGUGCAGGAUUGCUGUCUGCCAAAGAUGAUUAACCUUUACCAGACCUGUGGGAAGGCACUGAAAUCAGCGAAGUUCAGAGGCACCUGGAGUUCUGUGAGCAGAGAGCCAGCCAAAGCGUGAAGAUAUUUUUGCUGUUAACUGCAUGCAGUCCAGUGAGCCGCAUGUGUUCCUCUUAGUCAUGCCUGCAGGCAGGGGAGCUGGCUCUUGUCUGGAGGGAGUAGGAAAGUAGUUUGAGAUGGCAUUAGGCUUGGGAGCAGGAAGAAAGGAAAGUUGUUUUGGGGCGUGGGGUAGUCUCUUGGAAACCAAACAAGAGCUGUCAGAUUUUCUUUGAUGUAAGCCAGAUGAGAGGAAGCAUCACACACCUCUGCUGCAUAGUGCAGCAUUAAGCAGUAGUUGCCAGGUCAGGUAUAACUCACUGCACUGCCUGCUUUAGAAAAGACAUUUCCUGUUUAAAACUGGAAAGAACACUUCAGGAUCAGUUACCUAGAUAGUUUGUGUAGCAUUGCAGGAAAAUGUUUACAGUUGGCUAUGACUAUAGCUGAUUUAACUCUUAAUUCCCAGGUAACUCUGGGAAGCAAAAGGCACCAGAGUAGGUGAUCAGUUUGAAACUUCUCUUUCAAUUUGAAAGACUUUUCUUUCCUGUGAAAUUUCUCAGGUGCCUAGUGGAAACUGUCCUAUGCUUUCAGCUUGAAUGCAUGCAGUGUCCUCUGGAUGACAGUCAAGUAGAGAAUGUGAUCAAAUAUUCUGCCAGUAAAUGUCCAUACUUUUUGCAAUAAAAGACUUUGAAAAGCA